AUGACUUCCACUGCAACCAAGGUCACCUCUUCGGGCUCGCAGUUUUCUGUGUCCGAUGUCCCCACGGUACCGAAUCCGACUCCAUUCAGCGAAGGUGUGCCUACUGGGUGCCACUCGCCCUUCGACCAUGUCGCUCUGGUCAAUCAACUUGCGGACAACCAAGACCAGCUCAACGAAGCGGCGAACGAGGCUAUGUAUCCCUCCCCUCCUAUUAAUACGCCUGAGGUCCUCUCACCCGUACCGUCUAUUGUUCAGCGGAUCCAGACUCGUGGUCGCGGCAUCAGCUUUGGGCUUGGUGAUAGACUCGCCCAGGUGAAGAUUGAGGGUCGCAAGCUCCAUCAUGGCACGGACGUAACUUCCAGCAGCCGUUCCCUCGAUCAGUCGCUUGCGGAAGAGGAGGACGAUUGCGACUGCUGCACUAGCGAGGCGAUGAGUGAGGAUGGUGAGGACAAAGUUGGUCCUGGACGUGGCAGCUCUCCCAUGAUGAACCCACGAAUCGAAGAGUAUCUUUCGUUCUCCGCCGCCAGCAUGCCCGAUCGAGGCACGUCCACCGCCGUGAACGCUGAUGUCGUCUCAACGUCGGACAAGACGGUCAAGGACAGCGACAACGCGAAGACAGCAAACGGCUCCAACAUCAACAAGAUCCUCAACGUCGCCGAGAGGACCAACUGGGCUGAAGAGGUGGAGGAGUACGUUGACGGCGCAUUCGCGCGUCUUGAGCAGCUGGCGAACGACGAGCAUGUCAAUGAUUCCAGCAUGAACGUUGAGGAGUACUAUAUCGCUCGUCUGAAGCGCAUGCUCGCCAGUGCCAAGCGUCCCAUCCCUGUCAACAUCCCCGGACCGACAAUUCCCAAGAAUGAGGAGGCAGUCAAGAACAAGGAGGCUGUCAAGGAGGCUGUCAAGAAGGAGAACACGGUCAAGAACGAGGAGGCCAUCGAGAAGGGUGCGGUCAAGAAAGAGGCGGAGUCUGAGGAGACCAAGCCUGAGGUGAUCUAA